UUCAAGGCAAUUUGAGGAUUCCAGAAAAAGGUGCUUUUCAUACGAGUUUCACUGCUGUGACUUUCUUUUUCCCUCACCAGGGAGAGGACCGUCUCUUCGGGCUUCUUCAUGUUCAAAGUGCUCAGCAAAGGAAUGUGACAUGGUUCAGCAUUGGGUUACACAGGUUUUGUUGAAUCAAUGAAACAGACAUUGCUUUGUCUCUUUUCCUUCUAUUAUAGACAUGUUUAAAAUGUAUCUGAAAAAAAUACAAAUGUUUUUCACAGAAAGUGUUGGCACAUUAGAGGAAGGUGGGGGUUAGUUUAGUAACAUUGAAUCUGUUUUCAAGUGCUUGGCUUUGUACGUUUUAUUUACAGUCAAGACAUUUGUUCGCAAAACUUCUCAGACACAGUGAAAGUGGUUAGAUAGGAAUCUUCAAGGUUGUGAUAAAAACUACCCAGAUGUUUACUUAGUGUGCAUGGAAACAAUUAUCAAAUGAUCUUCUAGAUGUUAACUCCAGUUUCUCUUGGCUAAAAAAUGAAAAUUAGAUAUUGGGGAUGUUUAUAUGUUAAGUCACUAAGGAAAGCAAAGAUAGCUUUGAUAAGGAAGAAGAGUAAGUUCUUUUAGUCAUGGGUAAGGAGACCAUCUCAGGUUCAGGCAUGGGCAAGAAGGAAGAGAAGGAAGAGAAGACUGAUGAGUGAUUGUACUACAGAUGAGGAAAAGAGAGGCAGGUGAGGAGAGUCAAGUGGUUAGUGUUUCAUCUAUACUGGUGUAGAUUUAAAUCAUGAGUCUCCUCUCUACUGGAAAUCACCCCCUUCUACCAUUCUUUCCAAAAACAAUAUCAGGUCCUCUCAUGAAGUUAAAUGAACUAGAAGUUUUGUGUGGAAGCCUUGAGUCUGAGGUUUCAUUCCUAUGUAUGUUCAUAACUGGUAAGACAGUCCCUAUAAUUUUCAUCCAUAUCCUAUGAAAUUUUUCCUAUUUACACAAUAAGUAAGUUGUACCUCAGCCUGCAUGACCCCAUUCUGUACCAGUGUACCUUUAUUUAUUUAUAUUUAUUUACUGUGAACUUUAUUCCCAAUUUUUUCCCCCAAUAGAAGCAUAGGUUUUCUGGGAUCUGAGGCCAAGCAACUUGCUGUGGUGACUGAGGCAUCUCAAACAACUUCACUUCUCCACAGAACAUCAAGCUUUUCUUGUUCUUUGUUCAAUCUUGGUGCUUCAUGCAGUGACUGCCACAGAGUUUCUGUGAAUCAACAGCACCCCUGAAAUUGUUUCUCUUCUUGAGACUCCAGGGAAGUCUUGGAAUGCAAAGACCUCAAGAAGAAAGCCUGGUUAAAGGGCUUUUCUCGUCUCAGUAAGGCAGAGCUUUAUAACAAAUACAGCGGAUGUCUUUGAGAUCUUAAAGGCUGCAGCCUUCAACAGUAAGACUUUUAAAGCAUAGACAUCUGGGAAGAAUCAGAAGAACAAUAUGGCAGAACCUGAGAACAGGGUUGUGACUCAUGGAGUGAGAUGUUUUUCCAAGAUCAAGAUGUUUCUGUUGGCAUUAACAUGGGCAUUUGUAUCCAAAUCACUAUCAGGAACUUAUAUGAAUUCCAUGCUCACACAAAUAGAGAGACAAUUUGAUAUCCCAACAUCUACAGUUGGAUUUAUCAAUGGGAGCUUUGAGAUUGGAAACCUUUUGUUGAUUAUAUUUGUGAGUUAUUUUGGAACAAAACUGCACAGACCUAUCGUGAUUGGUGUUGGAUGUGCAGUUAUGAGCCUAGGGUGUUUCUUAAUAUCACUACCUCAUUUCUUGAUGGACCGAUAUGAAUAUGAAACAACAAUUUCACCUGCAAGCAACUUGUCCUCAAACAGCUUCUUGUGUUCGGGAAACAGAACUCAGACCUUAACGCCAACACAUGAUCCUACAGAAUGUGUGAAAGAAAUUAAAUCAUUAAUGUGGAUAUAUGCAGUAGUGGGAAAUGUUAUCCGUGGAAUUGGUGAAACUCCCAUCAUGCCCUUGGGUAUUUCCUACAUAGAAGAUUUUGCUAAAUCUGAAAAUUCCCCUUUAUACAUUGGGAUUUUAGAAACAGGAAUGGUCAUUGGCCCUUUGUUUGGACUUUUGUUGGGAUCCUUCUGUGCAAAUAUUUAUGUAGACACUGGGUCUGUGAAUACAGAUGACCUGACCAUAACUCCCACUGACACACGCUGGGUCGGUGCUUGGUGGGUCGGCUUUUUGAUCUGUGCGGGAGUGAAUAUCCUGACCAGCAUCCCCUUUUUCUUUUUUCCUAAAACACUCCCAAAGGAAGGACUAGAGGAUAAUGUGGAUGUGACUAAAAGUGACGGAGAAGAGAAACACCAAGGAAAAACCAAGGAGGAAAAACGCGGAAUCACUAAAGAUUUCUUGCCAUUCAUGAAGAGCCUCUCCUGCAAUCCAAUUUACAUGCUUUUCAUCCUCAUAAGUGUGCUCCAGUUCAAUGCAUUUAUCAAUACAUUUACUUUCAUGCCUAAAUACCUGGAACAGCAAUAUGGAAAAUCAACUGCAGAGAUAGUCUUUCUCAUAGGUCUUUAUAACUUACCUCCAAUAUGUGUUGGAUAUUUAAUUGGUGGCUUGAUUAUGAAGAAGUUCAAGAUUACUGUCAAGAAAGCUGCAUACAUAGCAUUCUGCCUAUCUCUGACUGAGUACCUUUUAUCUUUCUUUAAUUUCAUGAUGACCUGUGAUAAUUUCCCAGUUGCUGGCUUAACUACUUCUUAUGAAGGAACUCAGCAGCCUUUGUAUGUGGAGAAUAAGGUCCUUGCUGACUGCAACACAAGGUGUAACUGCCUAACUAAAACAUGGGAUCCAGUGUGUGGAGACAAUGGCCUAGCAUACAUGUCAGCCUGCCUUGCAGGCUGUGAGAAGUCUGUUGGAACAGGAAUCAACAUGGUGUUUCAAAAUUGCAGCUGCAUUCAGUCUUCAGGAAACUCAUCUGCAGUUCUUGGGUUGUGCAAAAAAGGCCCUGACUGUACUAUCAAGCUGCAGUACUUUUUAAUCAUGUCAGUAAUUGGUUGUUUCAUCUACUCUCUAGCAGCCAUACCUGGGUAUAUGGUUCUUCUGAGGUGUAUUAAGUCUGAAGAGAAGUCACUUGGAAUUGGGUUACAUGCAUUUUGCACAAGAAUAUUUGCUGGCAUUCCAGCACCUAUUUACUUUGGUGCCCUGAUAGACAGAACCUGUUUACACUGGGGAACUCUGAAAUGUGGUGAACCAGGGGCAUGCAGGAUGUAUGAUAUAAAUAACUUCAGGAACAUUUACAUUGGCGUGCCUGCAGCACUUAGAGGAUCAAGCUUUCUCCCAGCGUUCUUCAUUCUAAUACUCAUGAGGAAGCGCCAGCUCCCUGGGGAAAUUGAGUCUUCAGACACUGAACUUGCAGAGACAAAGCUCAAAGAGAAGAAAAGCGAGUGCGUGGAUGUGCACAGAAGUCCUGGGGUUGAGAAUGAUGGGGAACUGAAAACUAAGCUGUAAUGAGUUUUCUGUUGGCCUGCAUAAGCCAUGACAGAGUGUGCCUUUGGUUUUUUUGAAUCAUGAGAAUACUAUAGGAACUCUUUUUUAUCCUUAAGGACCUCAAAAGUUAUUUUACUCAUGAUAAAAAUAUUUACUGAUAGCAUUAUUAGAACAUUGGGGUAGCACUUAGGAUUUUCCCAGGAAAGACUAUGGUGACCCCACACUGAACUUUAAAGAUGUCUUCAUUUUCAAACAGCAUUUUCUCUUUUAACUCAAUGAAAGCAAGUAUAUUUCUCACAUAUCUUCAAAUAGCAUUAAAACUUACCCAUCCCUGAAACACUAUUCAAUUUUGUUGAAUUUAUGCUUCAAUGUUAGAGGUAUUUUUAGAGUUGAAAAUUUACAGAGUUGUGUUACAUUGGGAUAAUUUAUUUAAAUUUAUCUUUUCUAUGUACAAGACAUACCUCUCUGCCUAUUUAGGAGUUGCAAACUCUCUUUUUUAAUUCUAGACAUGAUGCUUCCAAAGUUAGUCUACUCAUUGAUGUGUCAUCUGUUGUUUUCAAUCCUUUCUUUGUUAAUCAUGUUACACAUUUGAUCAUUUUGUUAGAACACUACUGAUAGAUUUAAUCUGGCUAUUUAAAAUCAUGAAGCAAAGAUGGGGGGAACUUUUUGUUCCCCUAGAAAUUCAAAUCUGGUAAUGAAAGUUUCUUAAAAGCAAAUAUUUGAGAAAGCCAAGCCUUUUAAAGGCCCUUUGUAGAGAUGGCACUAUAUGUCAUUGGUACAAUGUUUGCCUAGUAUGUCAGAGACCCUGGGAUCAACAACAAGCUAGAAUAUACUACUUACAAUAAAAAAUAAAAUAAAAUAAAAAUAAAGGCUGGAUGAAGUACCAAAUGUCCUCAAAAAACUACCUUCUUAUAUGCAGGUGGCCUCUUGGGCCCAGUGUUCAUUUUACUCAUGUGUCCUCAGAACUCAUGGGUAUUAAUGUUCAAAAUCAUCUUAGAGUAAAACAAUUUAACAGGGGCCAGCUGGAUGGGUCAGUGGAAAGGGGUAUUUGGCGCCAAGCCUGACAAGGUGGUUUUGGUCCCUAGGACCAAGAAAGAAAACCAUCUCUUGCAGGCUGUUCCAUUCCCUCUUCUCUUGUACUUCCUCACCCACAAAUAAAUAAAUAAAUGAAAAAAAUGUACAAAGUUGUAAAGUGUGACUAUUGCUAAAAAAUUGUGAUUAAUAAAACUCAAGGUGCACCUUAAAAACAAAAUCAAAUUGUGAUAGUUUGUUAAAGAACUGUCCCUCCUAGGCUCAGGAAUUUGGACAUUUGGGUUCCAGCUGGUAACUCUGCUUGGGGAGGAAAGGGGUGCCUCCUUAGUGGAGGAAGUGCAUUACCAGGCUGGCAUUAAUUGGUAAAAGCCUCACCUACUUUCAGUUCCCACUGCUUUGUGCUUUGGUUGAGAAUGUGAAACCACCAGGCAGUGGUGGCGCACG